UGAUCAGUAUGAUCGCACUUGGUAUUGUCCUUCUCGCUGCGAGCGCUUUAGCCGUUCCUGCUCUCCCCCGCAUUGUUGGUGGAGGCUACGUGCCACAAGGCCAACUUCCCUACCAAGUAUCGAUAAGAUCGGCAGGAAUCCAUUUAUGCGGAGGUUCCAUCAUUGACAAAUACACUAUAAUCUCUGCGGCACAUUGCUUUCAACAAAGCAGCCCGUCGCAUUUAACCGUGGCCGCCGGUAUCAUCAACUUAAAGGAUGAGUCGGCCCAAGUGUACGACGUUGAAAGGAUCAUAAAUCACCACCUGUACGACUCGUACUCGAAAGCAAACGACAUUGCCAUUCUCAAGCUAAGGCAGUCGAUUCAGUUUAGCAGUACGGUCAGCAUAAUUGAUUUGGAGCAAACCAGACUAUCGGAAGGAAUUCCUUGCACCGCCAGUGGUUGGGGUGACACCUACCCCGGACACCCCACCGAUGACUUGAAGUACGUGUACCUGUACAGCAUCUCCGACGAGAAAUGCAAAGAGUCCUGGCCUAUGAAGACCGAGUCGCAAUUGUGCACGUUCCUAAGUGAAGGCCAAGGCACGUGCUUCGGCGAUUCCGGCGGUCCAUUGGCCGCGAACGGAAGAUUAGUUGGACUCGUCUCGUAUGGAUCACCUUGCGCCGUUGGCAUGCCAGAUGUUUUCACAAGGAUUUCGUCUUACAUCGAUUGGACUCGAGGAUACAUGGGUUAGUGUACCAACUUAGCAGAAUAUUAAAUGGUUUCACAUUGUG